AGUCGGCAAAUUGGCUAAAUCUGUAUAAACGGCUUGCAGCAUGUUCCAAAAUAUAAACAACAAUCACGAGCAGGAUACGGAGACGGAGAAGCAGCAACCAGAGAGCCAAAUUCAAAAUCAGUGUGACAAUAAAAUUGACAACCAAUCGGAAAGAGAUUCAAAUCCCAACCAAACCAACUGGGCCAACUUUGAGUCACAAGUUUUUGGCCAAACUGUGUAUGGUGUUAGCCUGGAAUGGUCGCCAUACGACAAUGCCUGUGUCUAUAGCAUUGAGAGGUAUCACAAGCGUCAUGGUUGGCAACAAUUGGUAUGGAGCAGCACUUCACCUGUGGAUAUCCCUAACCUUGAGGAGAACUUUGCCCACAGAUUGCGCAUAAAGGCUCUGCAACAGGCCAAGGAUGGCAGCUGUUACCUGACGCUGGCCAUUUCACCGGAUGUCAUUGCAUGCACUGAGGCAGCUCUCCCAUCCACAAGUUGUUUAAAUCGCGCCAUACGCAAGGGUCAACAAUUUCUGGUCAAACGAAUGCUACGACGUCGACCAAGCCUAAUCGAGUAUCCGGCUCCAAAUGGUUACCUCCCAUUGGCCAAUGCAAUCGUUCAGGGUGAAAUGUGCAUUUUUGAUGUUCUACUUUCGGCUGGCUGCAGUGUCCAGCUGGGCAAUCCCGGCAAUGGCCGCACACCGCUUCAUAUCGCUUUCUAUUACGGACAUUUGCCCAUUUCCCGAAUACUUCUCAACAAGAAGGCUCAACUAGAGGCAGUUGACAGCAAUGGCAUGACUCCAGCACAUUGUGCGGCCGAUGCUGAUCAACUGGAGAUGAUGAAAUUUGCACUCGAAUCUGGUGCAAAUUUGGAGGCUCGAGAUGCCUGCGGUUGGACCCUUUUAAUGCGAGCAGUGGUUAUGGACGCCAGUCUGGAGCUCAUCAAGCUUCUGGUUACACACGGUGCUGAUUUGGCUGCCGUCGAUGGCGUUGGCAAAAACUGCAGAGACUUGGCCAAACUUUAUCGAAGAGACCAAGCACUCGACUACUUCGACAAGGUGCAAAAGUUUAGGCUGGAAAAGGCUGCGGCAACCGCAGACGCUGAGGCAAGGGAGGCACAGAAACAAGAUCCAGACACGAAUUAGUUGGCUUACAAGUUAGUUGUUUGCAUCUCCA